GCAGCUGCCGGGGACCCGGGGGCACUCCGUCACGCCUCCCGCACCUCCUCCCUCCCUGAGGGCUGGUCGCAAAGCUCGCCCCUACCGCGGGCACCCCCUCCCUGCUGGAGAGACACCGCGCCACCUGGCACUGCCUGCAUCUCCACGCCACCCAGGCAGUGCCCCGCGAGCGCCCGCCCCGCCCCGGGCCACCACGUUCCCAGAUGUCCCUUGCAGGCCGCCCCAGGAGACAAUGGCUCACCUGCCUCCCCGCCAGCCGUGCUCCUCUCCGCCGCCUCCCCCCUCCCCGGGCGGCGGGUGCCACGGGCUGCCCCGUUUCACAGAAGUGUACACCGAGGCCGGGGAUACGACAGACUAGAAAACCGAGCGAAGAAGCCCGGCUGCUCACAGGGUCGAGAGGGGCCAGGUACAGAUCGGUACAGACGUGCCCAGGCGACAGACCGCUUUCCCGAGCCCGGCCUCGCAGCCCGCGUCCGCUCGGCCCCCCGGGCAGGCGCCUCCGCCUCGCCGUACCCGCUGCCGCCUCCUCGGCCCUCCUGCGAAGGAGACAAAGAGCCGGCGCCCCAACCCGUGGAGCUGUGGCCGCCGGGAGCGGAGACGGGGAGAUUUCACCCUGGAACAAGGGGCGGGAGCAGAGAAGGGCGAGCCAGCGGCGUCCGGGCCGAGCCGUGGCGCGCGGGGCGGCGCAGGCAGGACACCCGGUGCAGGUCCCGGCCCCGGGGUGCAGGGGCCCAGGCGAGAGCGCGCGGGAACGACGGCGGGCGAGCCACGGGGCCCGCGGACCGCGCCUCCGCGGCGCUUGGCCGAGCGCGGCGGCGGCGCCGCAGCAGCACUCACCGGAUCGGAAGAAGGCCGCGAUGUCGGCCAGGUCCUUGGCCGCCUCCUCUGCCCCCUCGCCGGCGCCGCCCCCGCAGCCCGAGCCCGCCGAGCUGGCCGUGGCGGCGGGGCCGGAGGACGCGGCGGGGGCGGCAGCGCCGCCGCUGCUGCCGCUCAUGGCUGCGGCGGCGCCCGCGGCCGCGCCCGGCUCGGGCCCCGCGCCCCUAGCGCCGCCCGCCCGCUCCGCGCCGGGCCUGGCGGCGCCGAGCGCCCAGCUGCCCGCGCCCGGAGCGCGGACGCAGAGCCCCGGGGCUGCGGCGGGCGGCGGCGGCUCGGCCCGAGGAGCGCGCCCACAUAGACGAGGACUCCGCCCGGGAGCCGCGAGCCGGCCACGGGGCGGGGACGCGGAGCCACGGCCUCGGCGGCGCCGGCCGGAGCGCGGGCAGCGGCGCGUGCCGCCCGGACACGCAGUCGCAAGGGCUGGGGCCGGGGCCCGGGGGGAGCUGCGGGAUCACGGGCGCCGGCGGCAGCCGCGAGCCUCCAUCUUGAUUUCAAACGGGGAAGGAAGGAGGGGGAGGGGGGAAAUCACGGCCGAGGGAACCCGGGUGAAAGGAAAGGGAGAGCAGGGAAAGGAGAGGAAGGGAAAAAGAGGGGCUUCGGCAAUUUCCGGCGAACCUCGUCAGGAGCCCGAGCGUGGGCUCGGCGGAUGGGCGGGGACUGGUGGAGGGGCGGGGCCGCGCCGGAGCCGGGCGCUGAGAGGGCCUCCGCGCGACUGCGGGCACGUUCCGCCGGCCGCCUUCCGCGCCUACCCUGCCGCUUGAACCCUCGGGAGGAGCAAGGACGCUCUGGCCGGCCGAGGCGGCCCUUCCAGACCCGGCGCUGGCUCCUGCUCCGCAAGCGCAGUUAUUGCUGCUCUCGCCCGCGGCCGGGCCCAAGCCAGGUACUCAGAUCUUUCUGUAACACCGUUCUCCAAAAAAAGGAACCAGGUCUCCUUGGGGCAAUGGCUGGUCUCUAGGAUUGAGGAGGAAACAGACAAGAUGAGCCUGGGACUUCUUAUUUUGCCCUAAGGUAAGGAAAUGUCCCGCCAAAAUUGUUUUUUAAAUGGACAACUGCAACAAGGAAGGGGGUCUGUCAAGGGGACACAGGAGCCAAUUGAAAGAGCUUCCAAUGAAAAGCUGGAACAAUUUGAGCAUCAAAAUAGAUAAAGCAAUGCCUGAUUACAACAAGUAUAAAAUAAGUAUUCAUGAAUCCAUAUUGAUAUAAAUAAAUGAUUAAGUAAAUAAAUGGGGAAGAGAUCAUCUUCCUGUGCAGAAGAAUUCCAAAUCAUUUAUGUAGAUACUCUAACCUCGGUGAGGUAUAGUAGAACUCCACUACCUUUAAUCAUGGGCUGUAUAUAGGGUUUUCCUUUUGAAGAGUUAAAAAAAAGGAAGGUGUGGGAAUAACUUUACAGUGGAGAAACCUGACAAACACUACUUUAGCCAGGUGAUCAAGGUUCACAUCAACAGUGAUAAAAUCAGGUGGAUAUGAUGAAAACAGCAUGAAGACUACCUCUGUAGUCUUCCUCCCAAAACCACAUAAGCCCUAUCUAAUCAUGAGAGAAACAUCAGACAAAUUCCAACUGAGAGACAUUCUGCAAACUAUCUGAUCAAUACUUCCCAAACUGUCAAGGUCCUCAAAAAAAAAGUCAUAAAAAACUGUCACAGCCGAAAGGAGCCCACAGAAACCUAACAACUAAAUGUAAUAUUCUCGAUGGGUUCCUAGAACCAAAGAAGAACACUGGGUAGAAACUAAGAAAAUCUGAAUAAUAUAUGUAAUUUAGCUAAUAACAGUGUAUCAAUGCUGAUUCAUUAAUUGAGAGUUAUGUGGGGUAUAUGAGUAACUCACUGUACUAUCACAACAUUUCUAUAAAUUAAAUCUAUUCUAAAAUGUGUACUUUUAAAAACGUUUUUAAAUUGUGCAGUAUCUCAAAAAAAAAUGCAGUAGAUUCAAAUUUCACAGGCCAUCAGCUCAGGUGUGCUGACAAUGUUACUUUUUCUUAUUUUUCUGUAGGGUAAUUUCUAUCCCCAGCUCCCAUUCCUCCCCACGGCAGGAAGCUUAAUCCUAGCUCAGGAAAAACAACCUCCCGGAAUUUUGUCAGUUAGGUGCUUUUCCCUUAGGGCCUUCUCGCCAAGGUUGCAGCUAAGUCCCCAGAGGCUUUGGUCAUAUCACAGUAUCUGGUCCUUGGUCAUCACGGGGUUGUAUAGGCACAGGUGGAGAAGUGUGCCCUGUCUGUUCCUUUUCCUGGACUGUGGACAUUGCUAAGACCUACUGCUUCCUGCUGUUGCAUUCUUCUCACCUACUGGGCCUCUCUAGGUCUUCUGGCAGUGACGCACCUCUCCUGAGCUGCCCCCAACCCCUCAGGGAAACAUUCAGCUGCUCACUGAAGUGCUUAAGCCCCGCUUCCCCACUCCACCUUGCCCCAGAAAGUAAGGCCAACAAGUUCUCUUCUGCUCCCAGGUCCCUCAAGCCUACCUGGGCACAGACUUCCUUUCCUAUUUACUCACAUAGGGUCUACUGCUAUCCACCUCCUCUCUCCCAACUUACAGAAUCAUUUCCUCUUCAGGAAGAAAACCUCACUCCAGUUCUGUCAGGCUUUCUUCCAAACCUGCUGUUUUGGGCAUAACCUUGGUGUUCUUAGGAGAUACAGUUUUAAUAUUCAAAAACCCUUUCCCUCCAAUUAUUCCCUCUGUUGUGGGUUCCAUAAGUGUCUCUUGACAUUCAGAAGCCAAGUGCUGACUUUUUCUUUCCCUUUGCCUCCCUCCCUAGUAACCCUAUCCUACAAGUAGUGAGUCCAGAGGCCCCCCUCUGCUUCCUAAAUGGUGGAGAAAGGUCAAGAAUUUGAAAAAUAAAAACUGCCAAGGGUGGGAAUAGAUUGAAUAUCAUGCAACCACAGAAAGAUUGGCAAUACCUAAGUGGUAGUACUGGGGAGUGACUAUUAUAGGAAAGGCUAACUCACAGAGUUCUUGGGUAGAGGCAAAUCCUGGAUGUUGGGAGUUGGCCUGAAAGAGAAUGUGACUGCAUAGUAAUUACUGCUAAGGGUGUUGGGGAUCAGGGUGGUGAGCUAAUGAUUAGUGUAUAUUUGGGCAAAAAGAUAUCUUAGGGCUGAAACCCAGAUAUUGGCCAAUUCCUCUAUCUCAGGUAGAGUCAUUUCCAAGAAAGUGAUAUACAAAACCUGUGGUUGAGCUGGACACCUAUGAAGUCUUACCUAGAUUGUAACAAGGAAAAGAGGCUAUACACAGGUUUUCUUCUUUCUGCCAUCUGAGCAUGUGGGAAUCUAUACCAGGUUUCAUGAGAGCUGCUGUUAAUCCUACCCAACCUUCAAAAUUUAGCUCAAAUUUCAUCCGCUUUCAUCAAGCUCCUACAUAACUUAAAUUCAUCUCACCCUCCUCUGUAUUCUGCAGCACCAGUCCUCAUGGCAUUUGACCAUGUGCUGCACUGUAUUAUUUACAUCAUUCAUGUCUAAUAUCUUGCCUACAAGAUGAGAUCCUUUACAAUCAGUUCAUGAAUAUCAGCAUGUCUCAUAUGUGCCUAGAACUUAGUACUAGGCACAAAGGCUUGAAGCAAAAGAAACAGAAAAAACCAGCUGGGGAAGACACUGCAAGCUGUCUAUUCAAUAUCCUUUCGUUCCUUCUUAUCAGAACCUAUACCUGGGUAAAACUCUCCAUUUCCCAGCCACCGUAGCCAUGUGACACAGGGUGCUGGCCAAUGAGAUAUAGGUGGAAAGGAAUAGACAGGACUCACAAGAGGUCGGACUCAGCAUGUACAUGCCCUUUUUUCCUUUGUCCCCUCCAGUACACAAAUAGGAUGCUAAAGGUGACGAGGUCAGUGUGUGACUUGGAAAAGAUAAACACGAGGACCUAGUGCAGGACUUCUUGUUACAUAGGAACAUACAAGAGAAAGAAAGAAAGUUUAGUUAAGCAGCUAUAAAUUGGGUAUCCAGUUUGGUGCAGCCAAACCAGUUCCUAACAGACCACUUCUCAAACUUUUCCACCAAUGA